AUGACUCCCAAAACAGCCGAUUCGCAUAUUGAUGAUCUGGAUGGCUACAAUGACAAUGCCUACCAAGACGAUGCCGAAGCUGAAGCUGAAGCUGAAGAAGGCAAAGAAGGUGAAGAAGGUGAAGCUGAGGAAGAGGAAGAUAAAGAUACUAUGAAUGAAACUGGAGAAAGCGCCAAAACUGAAGUCAAAGGUGAAGUUGGCCCUGUUGCCGUCCGAGCACCUGUUGUUGCUGGCAGAGCAGUUGACUACGGUGAUGGCAAAGUUGAGGGCGAUGAUGUGGAGCUGUUAACGAAUUUGCUCAGAGAAAGCAAUAAGAGUGCGGAAAAGAAGGAGAAGGGGUCAUCGAUGAAAAAGCUGAAGCAAAAGCUCUCUCUGAAGCAGAAGAUGCUGAAGAACGCCAAGCUGAGCUGGAUGAAGGGCAGCAAAAGCAGCAAAAACCGCAGCCGCCAGGCGAAAUCAAGCAAAACGAAGCUGGCAAAAAGCGGCUCCAAGAGAGGAGGCAAAGCAAAGGGCAAGUCAAAAAAGUCCAAGAUGAUGAAGGGAGGAAAGACGGUGAAGGGGAAGGGAAAAAUGGCAAGCCUUCUAAAGAAGCAACAACAGCAGAAAACUCCUUCGUCGUCGACAUCUCCGAAAUCGCAGCGAGAAAAGAGCUCGUCGAUGUACCUGACCAGCGUCGUCAAGUCCUCCUACUUUCAGCAGAUGGUGAAGGUGUCCAAGUCAAAGGUGGGCAAGAGUGGGCGUGGUGCUUCAGCCGUCUCAAUGGAAUACAAGUCCAAUGCCUACUCGACCACUGGACCUUCUUCAUCCAGUAGUGCAUCACCUAAUGUCAAGAGCAAGGGCAAAAUGAAAAGUGCCACUUCUUUAGGAAAAAUCACCAAGAAGACCCGCAGCUACUCGGCCUCAAAGACAAAGAAGAAGACGUUGGGAGGUGGCAAAAGCAGCAGUGCCGGCAAAAAGACCUCGGCCACCAGGCCCUCAAAGUCGCUAAUCGUCGGAAAGUCGGUCUUCAGCGACACCGACAGCAACACUGAGCUGUAG